AUGUAUACAUUCAGAGUUCCUUUCGCUCUUCUUUGUGGUAGAGGUAGUCAAGAAGAGGAAGUAGCUGCAGAAAUUCUUAAACCGGAUCUUCCAAAUGGUUUGGAAUAUAAAAAAGCAAUCGUUGGUUAUCUUUGGGAAAUUGAAAAGGGCUUACUCUCGUGCUUCAGAGAAAUUGGGCACAGGAAUGCACAGUCUCAAGAGGAUAAUCCCACCAAGAGACAUCAUCAAGACUUAGGACAUGACAGUGCUUUUACUGUGCACCCCUAG